AUGGCCAACACCGGCCUUUGUGACGAGUGGAGAAGCGGUUGUGUGCCGCUGGUGACGAUUGGCCUGGUGGCCUUGUCAAAGUUUUUGCAGAGAUGGAGAAACCAAAUGUGUGAAUGUCCACGAGGGCAGACCGAACAGCGAGACCUUGAGAUUUCCCCACGCUUCGUGAAAAAUGGCCGCAAUGACCUCACCUUCAGAUCUGAAGCCAUUCAUGUUUUUCAGUUUGCACCUUUUCCCGCCCAAAAGCCAUUUUCCAGUUCGAUCCCUUCACUGCUGCAUAUUCCGAUGUCACCGGACGAUAUUGUGCGGUUCACCGCGGCCAUCUCGAUCUGUAUGGCCUUUUUAGAGCCAGCACACCCCAGUGAAACAAUGGCUCAGAACCUCCAGGAAGAGCGCAUCUGCAAUUUCGACAAGAUGAUUACGGCCUGCCGCAACAUUUUGCAGGUUUGCGGCCAUACAAAAUAUUUGUCCUCGAUCUACGAGUUAUGGCACCAAGCAAGUCAGUCGCUGUAUUUACUGGAGCGAAUGAUGUGGCCGGAGCAGCCACCAGAGACUGCUUUGCACUUGAUCCUCCCAGCGGAACAUCGCCCUUUGACUGACCUGAUGCUGGACUCCUUCGACGAGCACCAUGAUAGCAUCUUCCAGGCGAUCCCCGCGCUCGAGGCCUUCCAUUCCUGGUUUACCCAGGCAUAUGAUACAACCUUGCACAAUGACUUCAAUGUGGUCAUCCUUGAUGCAAAGCUCUUGCUGCGCAGCGCGGAGGCACUCAUUCGUAUGAAGGUGCGAUUUCGAACAUUACAGCCUACUGGAUCAUCGGCCGGCCCCAUUGACCUUGAUGGCGAAGCUCCCACUGCUGCGCCAGCUGCAACUCCGUCGCCUGACCCGCAGCCUGCGGCCUCGAGCACCAGUCGCACUACACUGGAAUGGUACUGA